GAAAUAUUGUUUGUCAAACAGCUACCAGAGACUAACUCUUGAUUUCAAGCCAGAUGCUCCAGAAUGAAUGAUAGACAUAGGCGGAUAAUCAUUUAAUCUCCGUGUACAAAAGCAAUCUCAAAUAAACAUACAGGAACUUGAUGCUCUGGUUCUAUUUUUAGAGCAAUGUGGCAACGCAUUUUUAUCGUCUCUAGCUUAGUCAUUCUCAAAUACUAACUCCUUUCAGACAUCAAAUAUGAAUUGUGAUCCUCGUCGCUUUUAAGGGGCGUGCUGUUGUUCAGUCUCAGAUACACAUAACAGCACGGUAUCACUGAAUAUCGAAAGGGCUAAAAUUACAGUUUUUCUUGUUCUGUAUUAUCUGUAAUCAGGCAGGACGGUAUCAAACCUAACCAUAUGUUAUGGGAGAGUUUACCAGGACUAGUACAGCACCAGGAAAUAUCAACCUAUUGUUGGAACUAUUCUCAUCACAUCGUCGUGCAAGUAUCCUAAUAUAAUUUUGAUGCCGAGUCUCACGAUUAUCCAUUAGCCGGAAUUACAGUUUUUCAAUUUGCCUUUUUGACGUGAUAAUGCACUUUGGCCCGCGAGGGAGCUACCGGGUCCGAAGUAACAGUAGCCGACACGGGUGUAAACCGCAUAACUUAACGAAAUAAGCGCCAUGAAAAGAAAGCAAAAAUGUAGACAUAAACCUGAGGGCAACACAACGUUCCUUGGUUUUAGCUACAAACAGAUUUAGAACGCCGCACCAGAAACACAAGCUCUGCUUGUUGAAGCUAUCACUCUUGGUUUGUCUAUACAGGUAAAGCAGAACAUACAAGUUACUUGGGUAGCUGUUAGUCGUACAAUGUGAUUUUGUAUCUUAAUUGGACGGAUCAAACAAGGAUUAUCAUAUCUUAAAAUGCAAGUGCCAUGACCUGAGACAAGAUACCGAAAAAACUAAAAAGGGACCUACUAAAAUAACACCAGAUGCUGGAUUACAAACAGUAGAUCAUUUCGAAGUACACCAAAAACUCUGCAAAAUGAAGUGGCGUAGGGAAAGUAACAAACUGCCUUGGGACAGUGUCAAAUUUGAUAGGAGAUUACUUACUGUGAUGACAGGUUUGACCUCGUUCGCCAUUCUUAUUAUGAUUAUAGCAGUGGGGACAGAUUAUUGGAUAGUACUGACAAUCCCGGGGGGAGCGUGGAGGAACUCAACUCAAAUGUUCGUGACGGGGACAAUCUCUGGUCUCUGGAGAAUAUGUCGGAAGGAAGUAGACAACUUCAAAAAUCCGACAACCUCGCGAGAAUCCUGCGAGUAUCACAAACUGUUUCCUACAAUGAAAGAGGUCAAUAGAGAUCCAGAAGUAGAUAAAAUUAUAAUAGAUUACAGUCGCACUGAGACUGCGUUUGCUGUUAUAAGUCUUCUGAUUAUGCUAGUUGGCAAUGGUUUUGCCUUAUAUACCUUCAAAGAACAUCGUUAUAUGUUUAAGAGGCUCACGGCGUUCACACAUUUUGUUGUAGCUGCACUUGUUCUAGUGGUUCUUGAAGUGUUAAUAAACUCUAUACACUACGAAGAGAGCAAUCUCCCAGCUCGGCACCCCGAGAGGGCCUAUCAUAGCUUUGGCUUCUCGUUUGCAUUCGGCUGGAUCGUCUUUAUAAUAUACGUAUCGGCUGGGAUCGCAUUUCUGUUCGCCUCAAGGAAACGAAAGGGAGACCAAGUCCAAACGGAAAUUGAUCCAACGAGCCAAAUUAAAGACGACGAGGCUAUUAAUCUCGGAAGGGUGUAGCAGUAAGGUUGAGGGUACAUGCGGCUGUGUCCUAGUGAAAGGAGACUAAAAAAGGCACCCAAGAAUCUCUCUUACAUAACUCUGUAUAAGCGAGCAAAGGGGAAUUCACUGGAAUACAACGCCCCGUACCUGAUAAAAUAUGUAAUAUAUAAAUAGGACUUACUGUCUGUUAACCUGCUUCAUAACCAUUUGAACAGAGA